AGAAUAGACUGUCCUAAAAAAUUAUAUAAUUUCCAAAUUAGAAUGAAGAAUUGAAUAUUUGAAGGAAAAGAGAAUGGGAAAAGGGACACACUAAUACAGGAUAGGAAGGGGUGUGGAUUGAAUCCAAUUCAUAAUACAGAAACGUCUAACCAAACACACCAACUUUCCGGGACAGAAUGUUGCAGUUUCCGGGAUUCAUGACGGAAUACCCAUGGUCCACCACCAAGAUUCCCACCUCUUUUUUGCUGCCAUCCCAAUGGCCUCAACCCCAAAGCGAAGAGCUUCUCCUUGCCAUGGAAGAGUCCGAGUACGAGGAUAAGCUGAAUGAAAUUGGAAAGAUUAAUAACAACCUGGUGGUGAUUGGGAAAACAACAAACGACAACGAUAAAGAAGACUAUGAUAAUGAUGCGGACGAUGAUGAUGCUGACAAUGCAGAGGAAUCGGAAGGCGAAGAAUUCGAGCAAGAAACUGGUUGAAAUGUGGACGAUGAUGGUUCCGACAAUGCAUAGGAAUCAGAAGGCAAAGACAUCAAGCAAGAAACUGGUUGAAUGUGCUUAUGUAUAAUGUGCUACAUGUAAGUGAGCUAUUAUGUCCCUUGUACUUGGCUCCUUGUUUCUGUAAAAAGUUAUGCUUGGUCGUUUUUUCCCAGAAAGAAUGAUAAUGCUUCAACAUCGACUCUUAUAUUGGAUCUUAAUUUGUUCAAGCAAAGAGAAAUUUAAAUAUUUAAUCUGA